AUGGAGAGGCUUAAUACUAGAUGGUCAACACCUCCCCCCCCUUGGCUCAAGCUUAAUUUUGAUGCUGCUGCUCGCAAUGGUUCUGCGGUAGGGGGUGGAAUUAUCAAGGACAACUUGGGCAACCUAGUUUUGGCCAAUGCGGGAAAUUUUGACUCUAUCUCGAGCAACAUGGCUGAAGCCCUUUCUCUCUUUUGGAGGCUUAAGCUGGGUCUUGGCAUCAAUGUCAAAAGACUGAUCAUUGAAGGGGACUCCAAACUGAUUAUUGAGGCCACUAAAGGCGUUUCAAGGAUCAGCUGGAUGAUCAACAACGUCAUCAAGGACAUCUGGUCCAUGAUAGUCUGGCUGGAGGAAUUUCAAAUUCAGCAUAUCUAUAGAGAGGGGAAUGUGGUGGCGGACUCACUGACUACGACGGGGCUGGAGUUAAAAGGUAUGAGGUGCUGGAGACACCUAGAUUCUCUUAUUGACAAGGAGAAGGACCUUAUUGGGAACUAA